AACCUACAAAUGGUUGCUCGUGAAACCAAUGUAAACAAAUAUGGCGACACUGAGAGGUGCUUUAUAAAAAACAGGAGAGUAAAAUAGAUUUAAUAUAAGUUUCCGAUGGCGUUGGAGACAAGAAAAGAUCUCUCAUUGAGGAGAUGGAAUAGUGCAAACGCUAGGAAUUAUCCAACGACCCUUCCAAAAUUAGAUAGGCCACCAGCUGUAGAUUAUGAGAAACUCAGAGAGUUGUGUGGAAUAGAAGGACUUAAGGAUAUUCAGAAUGGAAUUGAAGUUUCAUCUGAAGAUGCCCAUAGAACAUUUAUGGACAAUUAUAAAGCGAUAUUUGUACAGAAACCAAAGAAACUCGGGUUUCCCAUUCACUCAGAACAAAGAGAACAGUACAAAUCUUCAGUCCUUAGUCUUACACAAAAUGCUACAGGUAAAACAAGCACAGAACAGCUAGAGAAGAAAGUCUAUAAAAAAGAAUGGCCCAUCGAUAAAAUAACACAUGACGUUCGGGAUUACCUCCCCCUGCUACAUAAGCAGAGGAAGAUAGAAGAUCCUGAGCUUAUACGACAAGAAAAUCUAAAGACACUAAGAAGAAUAUCUAGAAAAUUGCCAUUCCAGCGGACUGCGUCCGACAAUGAGAAGCUGUUCAACAUUCUGAGAACAUUCUCGUUCUUCAAGCAGAACAUUCCAGAAAAUGUCCUCAAGGAACUUUGUGUGGUUGCUGUCCAUGAAACGUGGAAGGACCCAGAGUUUACAAUAUUUGGCAACACUGGGUUACACAUGGUCCUACACGGGACAGUGGUCCCUCUUACAGACCCCUAUCUAAAUGACGAUGAAGGGGCCAGCUUACGAUCCCCAACACCCCUGCUAUCAAACACACAGAUCAAGAUCACUCCUGGGCAGUGCUUUGGAACUCUCAUUAGAGUCGAGGGAAGAGAAGUCAGUUCCAAAGUAUACAGUGUUGUCACUGAAGAAAGCAACUGUGAAUUUUUAAAAAUCCCUGCUAAGGAUUAUUCAAGAGUCAUUGAGCAAAUCAAGCAGCGAGAGCACACCGAGAAGUUGAAUCUGCUGCUCUCCUGCGGCCAGUACAAGCUGUGGCCACGACAACCACUUCUGCAGGUCGCGGAACUGAUAGAGUGGAUCAACUACCCCCCUAACACCGUUAUUGUGAGUGAGGGUUACAUGUCACCAUUUAUCGGGUUUAUCAAAGACGGGGAGUGUCACAUUCUGCGACAGGUGGAGGUUAUGCACACACUGCCCAAUGGAAAACGGGAAAAGAGAACCAAGCAGGUGGUGAUGGGGAGGCUGGGCCCAUCAGAGUCGUUUGCGGAGCUCAGUGUGCUCAUGCAUGAGCAGAUCACAUGCUCCGUUGUCACAGCAACCAAAAUGGCCCUCGGAGUUAUAAGGCCAGAGAAAAUAAAAGACUUGGAUGAAACUACCAUUCAGCUGUUCAAACAGUCUAGUAACAGAACAUUUGGCGAGCUUACAAAGGACGAGAUUCAAGAUGAGUACAUGAGACAGGAGCUGAAGCGGGAAUGGAACGAAUUCAAACACGGAGUGCUUCUGGACGUGAUCAACUCCAAAGGAAUACGACCCGGAUACGGAAAGUGGUCUAAGUGAGACCCAGAUUUGGCAAGUCGUCUCAGUGAGACAAAACCAGCACAUUGAAUGUACAUGAACUCACUGUAACUUCUCAACAUGUGUGCAGUGAAUUUGCGCAUCAUUCAAAAGAAGCGUAUGUGAAUUAGACUAAAAUGCAUUCAUUGAGAAUGUGUCGAUGAUUUUAAUGUUUCCCAAUAAAAAAAUACUGGUAUAGCAUACAUGUACUUUUAUACUUAAUUUUAUAUUGUUUAACUUGUAUUUAUCAUACUUGCGACUUAAUAUUAGCAUUUUGGGACUGUAAUGGUACGCUGAAUGAUUUUCGGAAAAUAGGGAACAUUAUUUAUUCAAUAUUCCAUUACUGACUGUUAUAAGAAACUUAAAGUUUUACAAUUUAGAAUACAUGGAGCUUUAAGGUGAAGUGUUUAAAAUUCCAUUUUUAGUUAAUAUAUAUAUGAGCACAUGUAUAUUAUUGUUGAGUUGGAUAGGGAAAGCAACUUUCUUAUUUUAUAAAUUGCAGUUAUUUAUAGGUCAGUGUGUGCAUUUAUAUAUAGACAUGGACGGCAACAUAAUUAUACAUAUAAGAUUUGUGUUUUCUAUAAAUGUUUUUAUUUUUUAUAUUUUUUUAUUCUCCAUUUACUUAAUUGUUUCUAACAAAGUUACUUUAAUUAAUAUUUUACAUGAGAGAUGCAAGUGUGUGACAAAAAAGGAUUUCCGGUAAAAUUAUUUAUGCUUAUGUGUUUACUUUGACAUGCUUUUAUUAUUAAAAAAAAAUUACAUAAA